UCUUCCGUCCUCCAUGUCAUUUCCUGUGGUAAACAUGGUGGUCGCGGCCCGCGGAGGCGCCUGAGCCUGGCGGAGAAUCCUCCCGACUGCACGGAGCGGCGGCGGCCGGGGGGCGCCGGGGGUCUGCGGCGAGGCGGCCGGGGGGCGCGGCGAGGCGGCCGCACGGCGCUCCGAGCCCCCGCCGGGGCUGCGGCUCCGCUCCAGACCAGCGGUGGAACCUGACCACCAUCAUGCUUCCACCAUGAACGACCACGGCUUGGACCUCUGGUUCUGUGAGGACUGUCAGGACUUCUUCCAGAAGGAGUGUCCGUCCCACGGCCCCCCGCUGUUCGUCCCCGACACUCCUUCAGCUCCAGGUUCGGCCAACAGGGCGGCGCUCACCGUCCCGGCCGGUCUGGAGCUCUUCGCCGACGGAGACGAGGUGGACGUCCGCUGCUUGGACCCCGGCUUCCCGAAGGGGGCGCUGUUCGGCCCGUACGAGGGCGAGCUGGUGGCCAGAGACAGAUCUGCAGGGUUCUUCUCCUGGAUCGUCGUCGGUUUGAACAACACGUAUCGGUCCAUCGACGGCAGCGAUGAGACCAAAGCUAACUGGAUGAGGUACGUCCGGACAUCCUCGGAAGACAGCGACAGGAACCUGACGGCGUUCCAGCAAGGAGACAAGAUCUACUUCCGGGUCUGCCGCCGGCUGGAGGCCGGAGAGAAGCUGAGGGUUUGGUACAGCGACGAAUACAUCCGGCAAAUCCACCGCGUCUCCCAGGACAGCAUCGACCGCAACCUGCACACAGACCCCGGGAAGCCGUCUGUGCCGUCAAACCUUCAGGAGGACGUUAAGUGUCCCCGACGGACCAAAGACAGCAAACCUGCGAGCAGCGACGAGUCGGAUGGUCCGCCUCCCGCCAAGAGGAAGAAGAUCGACCUCAUCUUCAAAGACAUCCUGGAGGCGUCUCUGGACCAUCCCGGCGCCGGACCGCCGGCUCACGACGAGAGCGUCCCGCACCUGAAGGUGGAGGAGACGGAGGAGGACGGGCGGAGCAGCCACCGGCCGUCCACCUCGUUCUGCCCCAACUGCGUGAAGCUGAAGAGGAGGAUCGUGGAGCUGGAGGAGGAGCUGUCCCGGCUCAGGGCGGUGCAGACGGACGCCGUCGGACCGCCGGAGCAGAGCCAGCAGGACCGGGUCGCUCCGCACCCCGAACAGGGACCGGUCGAUGAGUUCCAUGGGAUGGAACCCAUGACGCCGUCCCAUGCGGGUCUGGACGAGGACGAUCAGGACAUGGACUCCGCCGACGAGUCCAUCUCGGCCGAUCUGGUCAUUUCCCCAGAAGACCCGUCGAAGCUGUCGACGGCGGGCGGCCGCCGCAUCCGCCGCUUCAAGCAGGAGUGGCUGAAGAAGUUCUGGUUCCUGCGCUACUCGCCGACCCUGAACGAGAUGUGGUGCCACGUCUGCCGCCAGUACACCGUCCAGUCGUCCCGCACCUCCGCCUUCAUCGUUGGCUCCAAGCAGUUCAAGAUCCACACCAUCAAGCUGCACAGCCAGAGCAACCUGCACAAGAAGUGCCUGCAGCUGUACAAGCUGCGCAUGCACCCCGAGAAGACGGAGGACAUGUGCCGCAGCAUGCUGCUGCUCUUCAACGCCGCCUACCACCUGGCACUGGAGGGCCGGCCCUUCUCCGACCUGCGCCCGCUGGCCGAGCUGCUCAAGAAGUGCGAGCUCAAGGUGGUGGACCAGUACAUGAACGAGGGGGACUGCCAGGUCCUGAUCCACCACAUCUCCCGGGCCCUGAAGGAGGACCUGGCUGAAAAGCUGCGCCUGUCCCCCUUCUUGAGCGUCAUCGUGGACGCCCAGAACGACGACCUCUUCUCGGACACGGUGGCCGUUUAUGUCCAGUUCAUCACCAACGAGGGCUCCCCCAACACCGAGUUCCUGUCCCUGCAGAGACUGAGUGUGGCCACCGUGGACGGGUACCUCCAGGCCAUGGACCGUGCCUUCGCGGUUCUGGGAUUCCGGUUUCAGGACCUGCUGGUGGUGGGCCUCGGCGUGGACGGCGCCAACAUCUCCUCGAGCUCCAGAGCCAAUCUGUACGUGGCGGUCCAGAAGUCCUACCCCUGGAUCCUCUGCCUGCCGGUCAUGAUCCACCGGCCCCACCUGGAGGUGCUGGACGCCAUCGGCGGGAAGGAGCUGGCCUGCCUGGAGGACCUGGAGAACAACCUGAAGCAGCUGCUGAGCUUCUACCGCUACUCGCCCUGCAUGAUGUCCGAGCUGCGGGGCGCCGCACCGACGCUGUCGGAGGAAACCGAGUUCCUGGGAGACAUCAGGGCCGUACGGUGGAUCAUCGGAGAACCCAACGUCCUCAACGCCCUCAUCAAGGACUACCUGGAGGUCGUGGCUCACCUGAAGGAGAUCAGCGGUCAGACGCAACGGGCUGACGCCGCCGCCAUCGCCCUCAGCCUCCUCCAGUUCCUGUCGGACUACCAGUCGGUGAAACUCAUCUACUUCCUGUUGGACGUCAUCGCCGUGCUGUCUCGGCUGGCCUUCGCCUUCCAGGGAGAGUACCUGCUGGUGUCCCAUGUGGAGGCCCGGAUCCAGGAGGCCAUCCAGGAGAUCGGCCAGCUGGUGGACUCUCCUGGCGAGUACCUGCAGGAGUUCGAGGAGAGCUUCAGGGAGAGCUUCAACGGGGUCGCUCUGAAAAACCUCCGAGUCGCCGAGUCCAAGUUUCAGUCCAUCCGAGAGAAGAUCUGCAACAGGAGCCAGGGGAUCCUGUCCCAGAGGCUGGACCUGCAGAGCCGGCCGUUCGCCAGAGCCUGCAGGGUCCUGGACCUGUCCACCUGGCCGCAGAGCCACGACGAGCUGCAGGCGUACGGCGAGGAGGAGAUCCAGAUCAUAUUCAACCACCUGGACUCGGUCCCCUCCGGGGUCCGGACGGAAUCCCGCGGCAGCCUGGGGGCGGAGUGGCAGGACCUGAAGGCCGACUACCGCAGCGCCAGCAGCUUCAAGGAGCUGGUCGGCCACGUGUGCCGCUACAAGCAGCGCUUCCCGCUCCUGAACCGGAUCCUGCAGGUGGUCCGAGUCCUGCCCAGCUCCGCGGCCUGCUGCGACCGCGGCCGCCUGUCCCUGCAGCGGGCGCGGCGCAGCAGCCGGGCCCGGCUGACCCUGGACCAGAUGAACGACCUGCUGACCGUGGCCGUCAACGGGCCGCCCAUCGCCGCCUUCGACGGCAAGCGGGCGCUGGACAGCUGGUUCGAGGAGCGGUCUGGCGGCGGCGGCGGCGGCGGCGGCUAUCCGCUGUCGGCCGAGAUGCUCGGCAGGAUGGCGGGCGGCGAGCAGAAGGCCGUCCUGCACAGCGUCGACAUCAACACCGACUUCUAUCCCGACGUCUGACCGGGAGCAGAGAGGCGGUCUGGAAGAACGUCGUUCAGCACUUUACCGCGUUCCAUAAACAAUGACGCAGAAUGACGGAACAAUCCGAAAGAACCGUGAAGCGACAGAACCGCGGAGCAGACCGGCGACCUGAGCGGGAUGCGAGCUCCUCGGUGUGGAGGGAAAAUCCGGAGGAACUCUGCUGCUUUUGGCUUUUUAAAAACAAACUGCGCCGCGUCAACCUGCAGCACUUUACUGACCACGAGGAACACGAGAACGACAACGCCAUGGAACCACACCGAGCGCCGGGACGAGAGAAAAGAAGAAAAUCAGCUACGCAGGGGUGUGUGUGUGUGUGUGCGCGUGUGUGUGUCUCAGAAUAAAAGCCUGCGCUCGUCGUGCCUGAAAUAGCAGACUGUCAGGGGCGUGUGGAGGCUCCAUCAGUAAUCUGAUUACAUUCUGUACUCUAUGCUGUGUACUGUGUAGCUGUAUCCUCUGUAUAUACGUAUAGCUGUAAAUGCUCUGCAGUUUGUUUGUAUUGAAUCACGCUGACGGGGGUGGCGGGUGGAGGAGUUCUGAGGCGCUGCUGCUGUUGACAUGUUUGUUUACUGCAGGCACGGGUUUUUUGUUUGUUUGUUUCUCACCGACGCUGGAUGUGUGAGGAGCGUUCUGGAGGCUGCAUGUUUCCUCCGAUGCUUCGGCUGUUUUCUGAGCUGCUGCUGCUCCAAUAA